AUGACUAGCCUGCUGUUCUCAACUAUCGACGUUACGCGGCAGGCCUUCUAUCGCACCGCGCUCACCUAUGCCAUCGUGAAUCUCAAACCUAUCGUGCCUGGACAUGUGCUUGUCGUCCCGACACGACCAGUACGUCGGAUCGCAGACCUCACGCCGUCCGAGCUGACUUCGCUCAUGGUAUCCGUGCAACGCGUCGGCCAAGUUAUUGAACGUGCGUACGGUGCAGAUGGCCUCACAAUCGCGUGCCAGGACGGUAAAGCUGCAGGCCAGACAGUACCACACGUGCACUUUCAUUUGCUCCCUCGCCACUUACAGGGUGAUCGGUUCUCCGAAAACAACGAUGCUAUCUACCCCGAGCUCGAACAAUCUGAGCAGGGUCUGUCACAACAUCUGCGUGCAGCAGAUGCGCAGGCUGGAGCGAGGAAGCAAAGCGAUGCAGAAUGCGAAGGACCCGUUGUCGACGAACACCCGCUUCAACUCAAAGUCGACGCCGAUGAGGACCGCGAACCACGCUCGAUGGAAGAGAUGAUGGCAGAAGCCGAGUGGUUGAAGGCAUUCUUCUCUACGGAGGAAGGCGGGAAAGCAGCAGCCUCGGAAAGAUGA